AUGUGUGUUUAUACAUGUCAGGAGCACUGGUUCGAUCCAGAGCACCAGAAGGUCUAUGAAGAGCUGGCGCAGAAGCAUGGCUAUCGCUAUGAGUCGCUGCAGCGCUCGGGUUGGAACUGCGAUGGUCCAUCGGAGGAUGGCAUCGCCAUCCUCGUGAAGAGUGAAACCUUCGAUGUGGUGGAACGUCACGACGUCCACUUCCAUGCCUACGGCAUCCCACAGGAUCGUGUGGCACUGCUGCUCUGCCUGUCAGACCGCCGUCGUCCACGAGGAAGCAGCCAUUGCCCUAGGUUUUGA